UGUUCCGAUUACAAGUGUGCAUUGCCAAACCAAUCUUGAAAACAGAUUUUUGUUGUUUGGCUGACUUUUUAAAGAAAUACAAUCACUUUUCAGUGAGAAAAGACUGAGUUGUAAUUUGAAGUCCCAAGUUUAUAUUCUUAAGAUGCAAGUAUUUCUGCCCCUUUUUGUAUCAAAUGGGUUAUCGCUCAUUUUUUUCUUUCUUUCUUUCUUUCUUUCUUUCUUCCUUCCUUCCUUCCUUCCUUCCUUCCUUCCCUUCUUCUUCUUCUUCUUCUUCUUCUUCUUCUUCUUCUUCUUCUUCUUCUUCUUCUUCUUCUUCUUCUCCUCCUCCUCCUCCUCCUCCUCCUCCUCCUCCUCCUCCUUCUCCUUCUCCUUCUCCUUCUUCUUCUCUUCCUCCUCCUCCUCUUUCUCCUCCUCCUCCUCCUCCUUCUUCUUUUUUUUUUUUUUGAGACAGGGCUUCCUUGUGUAGUCCUGCCUGUUCUGAACUCCCUCUGUAGACCAGGCUGGCCUCCAAUUAAGAGAACUGCCUGCCUCUACCUCUACUUCCUAAGUGUUGGGAUUAAAGCUCUUUGCCACCAUACCCAGCUAUAUUACUUUUUGAACUCUUGGAAUAAUUGAGUCACAUGUGACAAAGUGCUUUAUAACAAUAAUUAAUACUCCUAGUCAUGCAAGUUGAAAUUGUAUUUAAGAGUUUUAUUACAGUACAAUUAAAAUAUAUUCUUAGGAGUUUUUAUGACAGUACAAUUAAAAUAUAUUCUUAAAUUUUUUUUUAUUUUGGGAAAAAGAGUAUUGAUAUAAAUGAGGUUGUAUAACCAUGUAGUAUCCUGUGCUUUGGUUUAAAGCCUUGGAAGUUUCUUCACUUUCUUUUAUUUCCUGUUUUGUGAUUUGCCGCUGCUGUGCUGUCUUGUUUCACUGUCCUGAACAUUGAACCAAGGCUUUAUUCAUGUUAGUGAAACAUUCUGCCACCAAGCGUCAUCCACAACUUUCAUUCAUCAUUUUGAUGUAUAAGUGGAUCUACCUGAGUUUGAUUUAGCAAAUGUAUUUCAGUAGAAAAACUAUACCGAAAGUGCCGCUGUCCCCACUCAUUUUCUAUUUUCAGAGAGUAAGGAUGGAAAUGAAAACCAAGAGAUGGUUAUAAUGCUUGUCAGUGAGAAAGAAUGACUGGGAGUGGCUGGGGAUAGGUCUCACAGAGCACUCGCUGAAUAUACACAAGGUUCUGACGUACACCCACACUUCUACAAGGAGUGGGGGGCAACUAGCAGAUUCCCAUAGCCAAUCUAAAAAGCUUAAAUGCAUACGUCUUUUCAUAUGUGCUAAGACCUCAGGAACCCAAUCCACAUGAAAGGGAACAGGAGAAUGAUGUAUGCAGUAGAAUGUCCACAUUGGAAUGCCAGGUUAUGUUGGAAUAGAAGGUAAUUCUCUCCAGUAACUGGAAUUUUCAGAUUGAAAAAUCCAGCAAACUCUUCAUGUAUCUAAGAACUUAGGAAGCCAAGUUACUAACCAAACUGAGAUGGACCACACAGCCCCGACCUACAUGCUUGCUAACUUAACACACUUACAUUCUGAACAACUUCUGCAGGGACUGAAUCUUCUUCGCCAGCAUCACGAACUCUGUGACAUCAUUCUUCGAGUAGGUGAUGUUAAAAUUCAUGCUCAUAAAGUAGUACUUGCCAGCAUCAGCCCAUACUUCAAAGCUAUGUUCACUGGGAACCUUUCUGAGAAGGAGAACAGUGAGGUUGAGUUUCAGUGCAUUGAUGAGGCAGCGCUGCAGGCCAUUGUGGAGUACGCCUACACAGGGACGGUUUUCAUCUCCCAGGACACAGUCGAGUCUCUCCUGCCAGCAGCAAACCUCCUCCAGAUAAAACUUGUCCUUAAAGAAUGUUGUACGUUUCUUGAGAGCCAACUUGACCCUGGUAAUUGUAUUGGAAUUUCCCGUUUUGCAGAGACUUAUGGUUGUCAUGACCUUUAUUUGGCAGCUACUAAAUUCAUAUGCCAGAAUUUUGAAUCUGUUUGCCAGACGGAAGAGUUUUUUGAGCUUACACAUGGUGAUUUGGACGAAAUUGUCUCCAAUGACUGCUUGAAUGUAGCUACUGAAGAGACAGUUUUUUAUGCAUUAGAAUCUUGGAUCAAGUAUGAUGUACAAGAACGCCAGAAAUACUUAGCACAGCUGCUGAACAGUGUACGAUUGCCAUUGCUGAGUGUUAAGUUCCUCACCAGGCUCUAUGAAGCAAAUCAUCUUAUCCGUGACGACCGUACUUGUAAACAUCUCUUGAACGAAGCUCUAAAGUACCACUUCAUGCCUGAACAUAGACUCUCUCAUCAGACAGUCUUGAUGACACGACCUCGCUGUGCUCCGAAAGUAUUGUGUGCAGUAGGAGGAAAAUCUGGACUCUUUGCCUGUUUGGAUAGUGUGGAGAUGUACUUUCCCCAGAAUGACUCUUGGAUUGGUCUGGCGCCCUUAAAUAUUCCUCGCUAUGAAUUCGGAAUAUGUGUUUUAGACCAAAAGGUCUAUGUUAUAGGUGGUAUUGAAACUAGCGUGCGUCCCGGUGUCACUGUCAGAAAACAUGAAAAUUCAGUGGAAUGUUGGAAUCCUGAUACAAACACCUGGACUUCUCUAGAAAGAAUGAAUGAGAGCCGAAGUACUCUUGGAGUGGUGGUACUUGCGGGAGAAGUUUAUGCUUUAGGUGGAUAUGAUGGACAGUCUUACUUGCAAUCUGUAGAAAAAUACAUCCCCAAGAUAAGGCAGUGGCAACCUGUGGCCCCAAUGACAACCACAAGAAGUUGUUUUGCUGCGGCCGUCCUGGAUGGAAUGAUAUAUGCCAUUGGAGGGUAUGGUCCUGCUCACAUGAACAGUGUGGAGCGUUAUGAUCCAAGUAAGGAUUCCUGGGAGACGGUUGCCUCCAUGGCUGAUAAGAGGAUUCACUUUGGCGUUGGAGUUAUGCUAGGUUUUAUUUUCGUGGUAGGUGGGCAUAACGGUGUCUCACAUUUGUCAAGCAUUGAAAGAUAUGACCCUCAUCAAAAUCAGUGGACAGUGUGUAGACCAAUGAAAGAGCCCAGGACAGGAGUUGGUGCUGCAGUAAUCGAUAACUACCUUUACGUAGUCGGUGGUCACUCAGGGUCUUCCUAUCUGAACACAGUACAGAAAUACGACCCUAUCUCAGAUACAUGGCUGGAUUCAGCUGGCAUGAUAUACUGCCGCUGCAAUUUUGGAUUAACUGCACUUUGACAAGUGUGAAUUUGUGGAAAUCGCAUGAGGUGGUACCACAGGAAAGAAUGCCCAGUGUCCUGAACCUGAAAGCUAGCUGUACUGCUUUCUUUGUAACCUGAAGUGGCAUGAAGACUCCGUUUUGUUGGGUACUUUGAACUGACUAAUAGUUUGCUCUUGAUUUUGCAGUGAGUCAAUAAUUAAACAAGGAAAAAAGACAGACAGACCUAAGCAAUGGAAUUGUGCACUUUUCUCCACUGAGACUGGGAAAGCUUUUAUGUUCCUACAUGUAGAAAAACCCUUGCUGCUUUUUAGUUUUGUUUUAAAUAAUUUAAGCUCUUCUUUCUUGGUCUGUAUUUGAUUUACUAGAAUGAGAGAAGUUUGGACUCCGGAGUGUAUCAAAUGACUGGACAGAAUGUGGGUAGUGAUUGUUGGAUUUAAAUUCAGAUGCUCCACGUGGUUGAUUUGUUUGUUUGUUUGUUUGUUUGUUUGUUUGUUUGUUUGUUUUUUUAAAGGGCUGCUUUUACUUGGGGUACUUUUAAGGAUUAUAAUUAACAUGUCAAUCAUCUGAGUGCUCUUUCUGCUAAAUGAUUUUAGGGCUAAUAGUAUGUAAGGUUGUGAAACAAUGGCUUUUUUUUUUUUCUUUUUCUUUUUUUUUUUCGGAGGUGGGGACCGAACCCAGGGCCUUGCUAGGGCCUUGCUCCUGCUAGGCAAGCGCUCUACUACUGAGCUAAAUCCCCAACCCCGAAACAAUGGCUUUUAGUAUCAUAUUUGGGGCCCUGUUUUGAGACAUUACAUAUUUAUUGCUUUUGCUUUUUCAUAUGGCCUGGUUUAACUGUUUUUACUAUCUAUGCUUUGACAAGCAGGGACAGAAGACUAAUCAUGUCUGCUUCAGUUCUUUAGUGCUGCUUAGCAGGCUUCUGGUUGUCGGUGUAAAUAUAUUUGAAAGGUGUUUGGUUACCACCCUUGAUGCAUACAUGUUUUCUUUGAUAGAUUCUUAAUUUGUUUUUUUUUUAUCAAGGUCUUAAUUUUGUUUUCAGUGUUCAAAUAUAAAAAUGGUGCUAACUGUAGGAUGUAUAACAAAGCUAUCACUGAUGUUAUUUGGGUGUUCUAUGUUAGAUGCAUGAUGUACUUUGAUAAUUGUUUUCAUUUUUACUGGCUUGAUUCGCUUGUGCGUGUGGAAAGUGUUAAUGAUUAUAUUCAUGUUAACAUCCAGAAUCAUCUGAGUGCUUGAGUUACACUUCCCAUGGUUUUUGAAUGGUGACUUAGAGAUGAUGCUUUUUCCCCUUCUUGUUCUGGAGAUUACAUGUCCUUCAGCACAGAAAUAUGUGCACCGCAGCGUGCUAGGCAGGUGUGCGUUACCUCGUUCGUUUCUUAGGUAACUGAACACUUUUAACUUAUUGAGGAAAACUGGAACUUGAUGUUUACUUGAAUAAAUGGUUCUAAAUUUGGUUGUGCUUUGUUUAAAGAAACUAUCUUUCAAAACAAAACUGUUACAGCAGAUGACAGCUUAUUUAAAGGAAAUAGCUAACUUAUUUUUGCAUGGUUUAGUAAAUAUCUGUUAGUCUUAAACAUAUUAACUUGUAGUUUAUUACGACAUUGGUACUUAUAUUUUCGUAUUUAGUAAUUUUGCUUUCAUGUUCUUUAUGUUGUUUUCUUUUUUACCCACCUAUUCUCUCUUUAUAAUGUCUGUAAGAUCAGUGAAUAUUUUUUCCUAAGAAAAAACUCAUCCUGCAUCCUUAAGUGCCAUAUUAUUGCAACUUGUUAAGAAGCCAUUUGCAAUAUAACGCCUAGCUUUACCUGUUAGCAUACAUGUUAUGACUGAAAAACUAUAGCUGGGCAAUUUAUAGUUUUUCUUGUUCUUCCAUAAAUUACCAGUUGUAGAUGAGAAUAUACUAUGAAACUAUGUAAAAUCAUCUUUAGUCAUAAAGUAACACCAUGCUUUAUAAAUAUCUGCACAGAUUAUGAAGCCUUGCAAGUAACUUUUAGUCUCUACUAAUCUAGCACUUAACAGGAGCUAAGAAAACCAACUGAGUAUUUUCUAUGUCACUUGUUUGAAUAUCAUAAUGACACAUAGCAAUAACUUUUUCAUUCAUUUGAAUACAUCUGUUGACUAGGAAUAGGUGCACUAUGUGGUUGGCCUGAACCUUAUUUAAAGAAAAGAAAUUUAAAUUAGAUUUCAGCACAUACUUACUUUUAAAUCCCCAAUUUAGUUUUUUUUAUUUAUAUCAAUCAAAUUAUUAUAUGUAUUCUGUUACACUAACUUUAAUAUCUUCCUCACAAAAGUGAAUUUGAAAGUCUAGGAAGUGAUUUUAAAUAUAAACAUAGCUAUUCCAAGCAUUCUAUUUUAAUAGUGGUUUACCCAUGUAUUAUUUCUGAUAUGCAAUUUAUAUAUAAUCUGUAGCCUCUUGGUAAAUUAGAUAAAAAAAAGUGUGUACCGAUGUUUUUUAAUCUAAAUAUUUUAUCUGGCUUAUAAACUAAAUGCAAAACAUUUUGGCCAACAAUAGAAUCAUGUUCCUAUGAACAAAGUAUGAAAACACACAAAGCCAAAAUAAAAAACUCAUUUAAAAUUUAGAAAUACGCUUAUUUUAAGAAUCCUAUUACAUAUAAUAUCCAGAGCUACUAUAUGGCCUGACACCCAGUAAGUUUAAAAUAAAGAUUUCUCUUACAAAUUUAAGAAGUUUCAUAUGAACACUGUGCUGAUAAGUUGUGAAUUUAAAGUUCCAUGUUUUUUACACUAAAAAGGAUGAAAUGUUAGAUUAUAAAUCCCCAGAUUUAAUGUUUUUAGAAAUAUAUAAUAUACAUAUAUAAUAUCGAUACAUAGGAUAUAUAUGAUUAUAUCAUUAUGUAUAUCAAUAUAUAUUGAUAUAUGUGUAUAUUUUCAUAUGUAUAAUAUAUAUCAACAUAUAUGUAUAUGCAUAUAUUCAAGAAAAAGUGUGAAAGCAGUUUAAGACUACACAGAAAUAUUUGGGGCAAGACUGAUAGGGGAAAUAGGAAUCUGACCAAUUGCAGUGUCACCUGUCUUCUAUAAUUAUGUCAAAGAAUGUGUAUGCACUAUUUGGGUAUUUAAUAUUUAUUGUCUGUAGUAAUUGAACUUACUGAUUUUUAAGGUAAACCCAAAGGAUAUUUUCAAAUUUCAUGUUUUUGCUAAUGAAUAUCAAAUUAUAGACAUUAGUAUCAAAUGAUAGGAAAAUGGCUCUUGGUGUUGAAAGGUUUUUUAUAGUUUGACAUAUGAGGACUCUACUACAUACAUGUGCGACACUGUGUUAGAUGCUAUGGUGGCAUCUACUGAAAUGUAAAUAGGAUGCAACCAUCUCUCAAAAGAAUAAACUAUAACGGAGUUUAUUUACUCCAAUAAUUACUAUGAAAAUUGAUAGCCUAGUUCCUUAUUUCUGAGGUCAUAGGAAGGAACUUGAAACCUAGUUUAUAUAUAAACACUUAGUGUACCGUUAGGUUUUGAUGACAUAAGUAAGACUAAUGAAAAUCAUGUUUAUAGACUCCAUGUGGGGUCAGCAGACAUGGCACAGAGGUAAGACCAACUGUUGUUCUGACAGAAGACUCUAAAUUGGUGUCCAGCAUGCAGAGGAGCACAGCUGUCCCACAGCUCCAGGGUGGGGUCAGAUGCCCUUUCUGGCUUUCCCUGGGUACUCCCUCGACACGUAUAUACACAAAUAAAAAUAAAUCUUUUCUUUAAAAAAGAUUUCCAUGUUUCUUGGAAUUAGAUGGUUUAUUUUCUAAAGGAAAAGCAAAAUUAAGAAAGAACACACCCGGAACCCAUGUUCUAGAGCAUCAUGGCUCUGGAGAACACUGAGGAGAGUGCGUGUCUGUAUCAUGCAGUGCUUCAGGUUUUGUUUUAUUUUAGUUUCAGUUGUAGUGUUGGAUUCCUGGUAUUGUCACCAAAGUGCUCAUUUUUAGGAAAAUCAGAUUAUAUAAUAACUUACUGCUGAAAGUUCAAUAAAUUUACAAUGGCCUCUCUAAACCUUCUGUUCAGAAAGUUACACAAGUGUGUGACAUGUCAGGUUAACAUCCUGGUCUGCUACUUAGCCCUUUAUUUCCCACUGUAAACAGCACUUUAAUUAGACAAGUUAUAAUUAGGUAACAAUUCUGUGACUGAAUAGUUUUGGCUCUCCACUUCCAAUAUACUGAAUUCAAUGUUGAUAUUCACAUUUAGAAAAUAAGUUUAAUAUAUUUUAAAUAGAAGUUUACAAAUAUUACUAGUAUGAAUAUGGUCAAAGAAAAAUCCAGUUUACAUCUCUGCAGAGAGAAAAAUUGUCACACAGUUUUUAUAUUACAUAUCCACAUGUCUUCUACAUUUAAUUUUGGUCAAGAUAUCAUGUGUAAAGUCCCACUCAUUUUAAAAUACCAAGCAAAAAGUUCCAAGUUUGCCUUAAUAUACAUGUGAAGUUAAAGUACUGGAUGAUAAUGCUUAUAUCUUUGCCUUAUGACUUGUGCCGUGUCAUGAACCAGAGAUGGCUGUGAUUUUAACAGGACUCUGAAGCAUUGUCAACAUGGAGUACCAGUGGGUGUCCUCUGUUGCAAAUAGUGUGGUUGGUUAUUGGUAAGGUUCAUGUUUAAAUGUUUUUGUACCUGUAUUUUACCUCUGAAUAGAUACUUUUUAGCAUCAGGGUUUUAUUUUAUCUUUGUUUACAUAGUAAAGUGGCAUUUAACUUGUUGAAGAUUGUAUUCUUUUGUUUUUUUUAAGAGUUUUGUGCAUAUUAUUGUGGUAAUGCUCUGUAAUGGUUAUAGUUAUAUUUCAUUUAAUGUGAAGAGUUUAAAAUAAAACUGAAAAUGUAAA